GACUGUUUGUUGAUGGAAGAAGACCUCAGAAUUUUAGCUGGAUACUCCUAAGGAAGUUUUUCAAGGACCAGCUGGUUGCCUCCAAGAAACUAGAGGUGCUGUUCCAUACAUGAGGUUGCAGAAUCAGCAUGUGUCUCCAAUAGUUAAAAAGACAGAAGCAGUCUCCGCCAGCCAAGAAACCAGCAAAAAUAUUUCACAAUGGAUGUAGACGAUGAAGAAAACAUGAGUUCGAGCAGCACCGACAUUAAAGAAAACCGCAACGUGGACAACGUUCCCCCCAAAGACAGCGGUGGGACAGGAGCCGGGGAGGGGACACAGCUCUCCAACGGUGGCAGCAGCAGCAGCAGGAAGAGACCUUUGGAGGAGGGCAACAAUGGCCAUUCCAAAUUUCGCCCCAAGAAGAGGAAGAAAAUGCCCGGCCCUGUUCUUCCAAAGAACGCCCUGAUGCAACUUAAUGAGAUCAAACCUGGUUUACAGUACAAACUCCUCUCCCAGACGGGGCCAGUCCAUGCCCCCAUGUUCGUGAUGGCAGUGGAAGUCAAUGGGCAGGUGUUUGAGGGAUCUGGCCCAACGAAAAAGAAAGCCAAGCUUCACGCUGCCGAGAAGGCUCUACGGUCUUUUGUCCAGUUCCCAAACGCCUCGGAAGCCCACCUGGCAAUGGGAAGGACUCUGUCGGUCAACACGGACUUCACGUCCGACCAGGCGGACUUCCCCGACACCCUUUUCAACGGGUUUGAAACGCCGGUCCCUUCCGAUGCUUCCUUUUACCUCGGCUCCAACGGGGACGGCUCCUUUAGCUCUGGUGGGGAAUACGGUUUGCCGUCGUCCGCUGUGGCCAGCAGCCUUUCCCAGUCGCCUCUGCCCCCGCCAUCACCCUACCCCACUGCCAGUGGCAAGAACCCCGUCAUGAUCCUCAAUGAGCUGCGGCCGGGGCUGAAGUACGAGUUUCUCUCGGAGAGCGGAGAGAGCCACGCCAAAAACUUUGUCAUGGCUGUGGCGGUGGAUGGUCAGACUUUUGAGGGCUCGGGAAGAAACAAGAAGCUGGCAAAAGCUCGGGCGGCUCAGUUGGCCCUGGCAUCCUUGUUUAACAUGCAGCUGGACCAGACUCCAUCUCGGCAGCCUAUUCCCAGCGAGGGGCUCCAGUUGCACUUGCCACAGGUUUUAGCUGAUGCUGUUGCACGCUUGGUUGUAGAUAAAUUCAGUGAUUUGACUGAAAAUUUCACAUCUCCGCAUGCACGUCGAAAAGUUCUUGCUGGAAUUGUCAUGACAACAGGUACAGAUGUGAAAGAUGCCCUUGUAAUAAGUGUUUCUACAGGAACAAAAUGUAUCAAUGGUGAAUACAUGAGUGAUCGUGGUCUUGCAUUAAAUGAUUGCCACGCGGAAAUUGUAGCUCGACGGUGCCUGCUGAAGUUUCUGUAUACACAACUUGAGCUUUACCUAAGCAAUAAAGAAGAUCAGCAAAAAUCCAUUUUUAUCAGAUCAGAGCAAGGCGGGUUUAAGCUGAAGGAGAAUGUGCAGUUCCAUCUCUAUAUCAGCACAUCUCCUUGUGGUGAUGCUCGGAUUUUCUCCCCCCACGAAGCAGCACAAGAGGAUCAAGGGGACAGGCACCCAAACCGCAAAGCCAGAGGACAGCUGCGGACAAAAAUAGAAUCUGGGGAAGGGACCAUCCCUGUGCGCUCCAGUACCACUAUCCAGACGUGGGAUGGUGUGUUGCAAGGAGAAAGGCUGCUGACCAUGUCCUGCAGUGACAAGAUAGCGAGGUGGAACGUAUUGGGUAUUCAAGGAGCCUUACUUAGCCUCUUUGUGGAGCCAAUUUACUUCUCUAGCAUCAUCUUGGGGAGUUUAUAUCAUGGGGAUCAUCUAUCCAGAGCCGUUUACCAGAGGAUAGCAGAGAUAGAAGAUCUACCACCUCUUUAUACACUCAACAGACCUUUACUUAGUGGUAUCAGCAAUGCAGAAGCCCGUCAGCCAGGGAAAGCCCCAAACUUCAGUGUGAACUGGACAGUAGGAGACACUGGUCUGGAAGUCAUUAAUGCCACGACUGGCAAGGAUGAGAUGGGCCGUGCGUCCCGCCUGUGUAAGCACGCGUUCUACAGCCGCUGGAUGCGUAUCCACGCCAAGCUUUCCUCCAGCUUGCGCUCAAAGAUCCUCAAGCCCAACCUGUACCACGAUACCAAGCAAGGAGCCACUGAGUAUCAAACUGCCAAAGAGUGUUUGUUUAAAGCAUUCCUGAAGGCAGGACUUGGAGCCUGGGUGGAGAAGCCCAUAGAACAAGAUCAGUUUUCACUCAUGGUCUAAUUCACAAACUGCACAUCACUUUGGAAAGGGAGUUGUUCUGAAAAUUCCUGGUGUCCAGCAUUGCUUUCUGGCAUCUCCACAGCCAUCAAAACAUCUUUUUGCUGUUUGGAGUUGGGUUUCUUUGGGGUUUUUUUGAAACUUCACAGUAACUGUUUCUGUUUCGCCUGAGUAAUGAAACUCAAUGAUGAUCUGACACAUAAUUGUAUAUUUUGUUAUAGGAAAGUAAUUUCUGGUGUAUUUCUAGAAAUACUUUUGCUGUAGAAAACCUGCAGUAAGGCUGUCCUUACUGUAUACAAUGACUCAUUUUUUCUGGGUUAAAAUAAUUUCUUUUUUUAAUUCAGUGUCAUCAAGUGCAUGAAGAAAUUAAAAGUUUCUCUAGGUUUUACACCACACUUUUAGGAAGUAGCUUAAUUUUUUAAAAAUAGGUGACAAAGCUGAUUCUACUGCUCUGUUAACUUGUUUUUGAACUGCAGAUAUUUUUAGCACAUAGACAACAGAGCCAGAAUGGAGUCUGGACAGCUAGUUUUUUCCCAAUUCCUUGCUCUUUAAAACCAGCUGCUGAAAAUUUCAUGUCUUCGAUGUAUGUAUUUAUUAGUCUGUGACCCAGUUUUUAACAUGCAGCUUUUUAUUCUGUUUUUAAAAAUACAUUUACCUCCCAUUUACACCCAUUGUGAAGUCUUCAUUUUUUUUUACCAUUGUAAACUGGAAACAGCAAAAAUAAUUAUUUGUAAGUUAAGAAGUUUAGUCUGUAAUGUGCAGAAGCCUAUAACGUUUAGAAGUAGGUGACUUGUAUAUCCCAGGAACUCAUCAGAAUACAACCUUAACUGUAACAGUAAUGUGACAGCUUAAAAAAAAUUUGCUCGUUUUAAGGGCACUAAGCCUGAAUUGCCAAAACCAGUCCCCUGUUGGGUAUUAAUGAGAAACUCUUGGAAUGGACAAAAGAGUUGUUAAAACUUAUUUCCUGGGCGUUAUAUCUGCUUUCACCCAAGUUGUUGUGUCUCUGAGGUUUCGUUGCCUUUUGGCUUUACAUGUGUGAUGGGCUUCAUGAAGCUAAUUGGGUGCACUCAUUUGUUUUGACUGUUACUUUAAAAAGUGUUUUUCCUAAAAGUGUA